GUCACGAAAGUCGGACGGAUUGAGAGCGCAUAGAACGCAGAAUUUGGAACGGUUUUAUAUCUUUUGGAUGCGUGCCCGAACGUCGCGUGGAUUAAUUUCGUGUUUGGCAAUUAACAGUGCCAUCGCUUUUCAUGCAAAUCAGUGAUAUCGAAGCAGUUCACGUAAUUUAUUCCCAGCGAGAUCCAUAAAAAUCGCGUUUGGAAAACAGAUGUAAAUUAAAAACUAUUAUUAGAAGUUUUGUGGAUAAAUACCAGAUAAAUGUGUUGAAAAUAUGUUUCGGGUGUGAUAAAAUUAAAAAAACCACAAUAAAAACUAAUAUGCCAAAAUGGAGCUGAUAAAAAAAUACAAGCAAGGAAAGCUAACCACCAGCGAUAUUGGCCAUCUAAAUCAUAUGGUAAUAUGUCUCAUGGUCCUGAUAGCAGUAUUCUCCAUACUAUGGAACAUAUCGCUGAACAUGAUAUCGGGCGAUCUGUACGAGGGAAUAGUCAGUGCCAAACUUAUCUUCCGGGAGCGCAGCGUUGAUAAAAUGGAUGAGUCCAGCAAGGAGAUCCUUCAUCGGGAUUUCAUCAAAGCCACCCAGUAUGCCUAUGGAAGGCAGUAUUCCGUGCAGGAUGUCACACCUGAAUCGCUGAAGAGCGAGAGCCAAAUCUAUAAGUUACCGCAUAUCUACGAAUCUAUCGAGAAUCGACCGAAAUUGGAGCGUCUCAUUGCUGAAAAGAAAGAGGAGGUUAUUACUACCACGACGACUCCUCCACCGAAGAUCACUUUCAAUGCUGAGGCGGAUCGCCACUUUUUGAGCACAAUGUCCAUCGAUGUUAUGGCCACUCUCUGGGAAAGAGGACCCGGAGCUCAGUUUGUCUACGUAUUUCCGCUCAUAUCAGAGAUCGUGGCCAUUAUAUGGACAGCCAUGUGCUUGAUUUACCAGACAGGCAGCAAAAAGAGCUCAGUUCUGCCGAAGCCGUGGCGCAUUGUGGUGCCCUCCAUCGUAAUCUUCUCGGUGAUGAGUUUGGGCAGUGUAAUCUACACGAUCCUGACCCAUGGUCACCUAAAGCGCCUGUGUGGCCAACUGCGGGAGAAUCUCACAGAUCCUACUGCCAUCACCUGCGGCGAUGCCAUCGCCCUGUUGCGUCCCAUCAUCCACGACCACAACGUAUCCCAUGAUACUUAUCUGGAGCUCUUCCGCUGCAGCUACGUGAUCGGCAUGGUACUGUGGAUAGUGGCUCUGCUGGUCAUGGUGCUGCGUUAUGUAUUCGCCGUGGACUUCCAGCUGGUGGACAUUGAUGAUAUGUUCGAUAGCGGACGAAAUGGCUCUGCCCAAGUCCAGAUUCAACCGGUGUACACUGAGGUAGUGCAGCAGAGCAGUCCACAGCACCAGACGCAGAUGCGUCCGAGAUCGGAGGAUGACUAUCAGAGUGCCAGGUCGCGCUUGAGCGAUCUUGCAGUGCCACUACUGGAGGUGCAGAGCCAGUCCCAGGUUCCGCCAACGAGCUUGGCCUAAUCCUGCGGCUAGCCAACAGAUCAGCAAUCUCAGGUUUAUUUUUAUACGUUGUGUUAGUGUUUAGUAUAUCUAACGACUAAGGAAUAUUUUAUCAACUAACCCAAUGUAGGCUAAGUUUUAGGGGACCCUCUAGUCGAGAGUCCUCGAUCAAUCGAUAUUUCAUUGAUAGUUUUCACUAUCCUUGCUUAGUGAACUUGUGCCUCGAUAUCAAAUAUCUAAAAUGUGGCUUCAUCAAGGCUAUAGAAAAUACUACAAUACCAUUAUUGUGGCCCAAACCGAGUUUAUGCAACCUAAAGCUUGCAUACUCUUGGGCUGAUGAGUUCAAUCUGAGCUCGAUAUGCCUGAUUAAACCACAUUGUGCAGUCGAUUCCUUCGACUUUAACCUCUGGUAACUUAAAUCCAUGAGUUUUAUUUAAAAUGCAACACAAAACCGAAAACAAGUGCGAAUAAAAUACAAA